AUGUCCCAGUCACUUAGACCGUACCUGAACGCAGUCCGUGUCUCCCUGGAUGCGGCAUUGUGCCUGGACAACUUCGCAUCAGAGUUGGUCGAGCGCCACAACUAUCCUGAAGUUGAGGCCGGCAACAACCCAAUGGCACUGCUGAAUCCUAUGCAUAUUUCACGUAAUGAGAAUGAGAGAGUCCUCAUCGAGCCAAGCAUCAAUUCGGUCCGGGUGUCGAUCAGCAUCAAGCAAGCAGAUGAAAUCGAGCAGAUUCUGGUUCGUCAGUUCACCCGCUUCUUGACGCGACGUGCUGAGAACUUCUUUAUCCUCCGCCGCAAGCCCGUGGAGGGCUACGACAUUUCUUUCCUGAUCACGAACCACCACACCGAGACAAUGUUGAAGCAUAAGCUGGUCGACUUUAUUAUCGAGUUCAUGCAGGAAGUGGACAAGGAGAUUUCCGAGAUCAAGCUCUUUUUGAAUGCCAGAGCCCGUUUGGUUGCAGAGGCUUAUCUGGUACCUUUUGAUAGCUGA